AUGGCGACCCGCACCACCGCGCGACUGCUGAAGUCCACCAGCAGCACGCACAGCAUGUCCAGCGCGCUCUCGCUCCAGCCCGCGCCCCUCACCAGCGCCACGCUCUCCCGCGCCGUCGAAGAGGAUCUCGAGUCGCAGGCGCGCGCGUCGCUCAGCCUCUUUGGCUUUGGGCUGCGGGAUUCGGUCAACUGGAGCCCCGUGAGCGCGAGCGCCAGCGCGGCCGCUACGGCUGCGUCGUCCACAGAGACCCCCGGAAGUGGAGGCGCGAUCAAAGUCCGCGUCAUGGAGCGCGUGUGCCCCAUUGGCACGAAUACGGUCCUGUGGGGUAUCAUGAACUCUCUCGCCAACGGAGGCGAAGGCGGCGACGAUGUGGCGACGAACGCCGUCGAUUUGGCGGCGUCGAGUGUCAAUGGGGGCGCGAGCGUCAAUGGGACCGGAUCAUUGGAAAGCGACGCGUCGGACUGGGACGCCUCGUCGAGCGCUGCGGGACUGAGCAAUGGGUUUGCGUCCAAGGUGCUGCAGCAGUACCUCGUGAAAUGCGUCGCGCUGUUGCCGUCAUCGAUCGAAGAGGCAGUUGAUUUGCUCGUGCGUUCGGAUCGAGAUGACAUGGAGCUGCCGAUGAAGCACCUCGUAGGCGUUCGCACGAGCUCGUCGGCUUUUGUCUACCGCCGACAGAAGAAACAGCUUCGACGCAGCAACAAUACGAGCAACAACAACAACAACAACAACAGCACGAGCAGCAUCAACGGUAUAUCGCAGCGAAUGACGUCCCGGGCGUCGAUGCAAGAUUGCGACAGCGAUUCGUCAUACUCGGACACUGAAGCAGAACUGGACGACGAUUUGCAGCCAUUUACCGGUCCUGCUAGUCGAGAGACGGCCUCUGGACGUGCCCGAGGCACUCGCGAUGGUGACUCACUAGGGAAUGAUCGACCAGCAGCAACAGCAAACUCCGGCCCGUACUUGUCUCCUACGUACAUGGACGAUUACCGUGCGGAAAUGGCAGCUUCGGGGUACCAAGGGAACCUUAGUAUUAAGUGGGUCGUUGGCGAAAAAUCCAGUCGAAUGUUCGCGUCGCGGACUACCUACUGCCUGUUGGAUUAUGAGUGCAUUCUGGUGAAUGACUGGGACGAAAAUGCCGACCCAUCGCCAAUGUACGUGCGUACGCUGCAGUCAAGCUAUAGCCCCCACUGUCAACCGUGGUUGGACGAGGUAGGCUCCAAGCCUACGGACCUUCAGCCAACCGGCUUCAUGGUACGCCAGGCACGCCACCGUGAUGGAUAUGUAGAAGUUCAGUUUGUGGCUUCGAUCUUGGAGAAAGCACAGCUGCCUAUGUUGUCUCGACGAGCGAAGCUGCGAGCGUUGUGUGCUAAAAUCGCGCGCCUGGAGGAAGUGCUGACCAAGCGACGUUUGUCGCAGUCAUUGCUUGUGAAUGCGCCACACUGGGUGCACAAUCGCGACCGGUUGGGAUGCCGAAUCUGCGACGCCAAGUUUGGGCUAUCGCGUCGUCGUCAUCACUGUCGUCUGUGUGGUGAAAUAUGCUGCUUUGAAUGCUGUCCCAAGAUGGAUGUUGCGCUUCCGGAGGUGGGAUCGACGAGUGUGCGUGUAUGUAUCGGAUGUGUACAGAAGCGUCGUAAAAGCUGCGAAUUGGCUGCGUCGACAUCCAAUGCAUCGACGACGGCGUCGACAUCGUCACCGACAAAAAGUGCUUGCGUGGAGACUUUACCACCUCCAGCGUUAGGAUCGGCCGUGUCGUCACCCCCGGACCAUUGCUUAUCGUUUUCAUCAAGUCUCAGCGCUACUCCAAGUAGCUGCACUACGGCUAGCGGCUUAGGUGAGCGGAAACCUUCCUUGGCAUCGUCUGUUUUCCAAAAACUAAAGAGCAGUUCGUUAAGCUAA